AUGGAAUCUAGAGAAAAGCCUCAGGCAUGUCAGUCGACAUAUGCGCCUCGAAUGCGAACAUACAACAAUGCGCUCCUGACCCCCGUCUUUCCGGCCGCCACCUCUGGCCCCAUCGCCCGUACGACCAAGCGCGGCACCACCAUCAUCAACUACGCGGAAGAUGGAUACGACGAUCUCGACGAUGACGAUGACGACGGUCGCCGCAGGCCGAGUAGCCUACGAAACCAACGGAAGGAGGAUACGCCGAACAGGCAAGACUUGGCGGAGAAGUUCGGGAAAGACACCGCCGAACCUGUCGAGACGCAAGGGAUAUGGAGGGACUGGUUCGCUAAGGGUCGAUUUGCCAGGACUGACGCUCACAAUAUUUACCAAGCGACUCUCCCCGUGACAUUGGUCCCGGUGCGCAUCAAUCUCGAGGUCCCGGCCUUCGUACCCGCUGCGCCGUGGCCUCCUACGCCCGGUUAUGACGCGUCGCUACCGCAAUACCGGCCGGGAGAGAUGACCGUGCCGUACCGUCUGCGUGAUAUUUUCCUCUGGAAUCUUCACGAGUCGGCCGUCACCACCGAUUAUUUUGCUCAGGUGCUGGUGCAGGACCUGGAUCUGCCUAAUAGGCACCAGGCGAUACAGGAGAUCAGCAAGCAGAUCCGCACCCAGCUUGAGGAGUAUGCCGGCGUCGCGAUGCACCCGUUGUUUCAUACCCAGACCCGGUCCUCGGGCCCCAACGAGACAACAGCACCAGCAUCUGCCGGCACACCGAGAGCCAACAACAACAACUCUGUCCCUGCCCCUGCUGCCGCGCAAGGUGAGGACAAGACGCCAACGUCGGCGGCGCAGCAGCAGCAGCACCAGCAGCAGCAGCGUGGGGCCAGCCGCGCCGACACACCCCUGGAAAACGCCAAUGGCCAGGCGACCACGGCGACCACGGCGACCACGGCGACCACGGCGACCACGGCGACCACGGCGACCACGGCGACCACGGCGACCACGCCUUCCAAACUGAAGAGCGCCCUCUCCGUGCCCGACGUGACAGCGCAAGCGACCGCCAUCCCCCCCGACUCGGACGACUACAACCCCGACGACACGUACCGCUGCAUCAUCACCCUCAACAUCACCCUCGCCCAGACCCUCUACACCGACAAGUUCGAGUGGUCGCUCCUCCACCCGCCAGGCACCGCCGAGGCCUUCGCCAAGCAGACGUGCGCCGACCUCGGCCUGAGCGGGGAGUGGGUCCCCGCCAUGACCCACGCCAUCUACGAGGCCGUCCUCCGGCUCAAGAAGGAAGCCUGCGAGGCCGGCGGUCUCGUCGGCGGCUGGGGCGGGCAGGCCGAGAUCGCCAACGACGCGGCCCACGGCGCCGACGCCGGGUGGCGGUACGACCCGGAGUCCCUCGGCGACGCGUGGCAGCCCCGCGUCGAGACCCUGACCAAGGACGAGCUGGAGAAGCGCGAGGGCGACCGCGAGCGCGCCAUCCGGCGGUUGCGCCGCGAGACGGCCCGGUUCAGCUCCACCGCCGGGCUGGUCGGCGGCGGCGUGCUGCCCUUUGCGGGCUUUGGUGGCGGCGGCGGCGUCGUCGUCGAUACGGAGGAGGAACGCAUGGGACGGGGCGAGCGCACCAAGAAGAAGCGCCGCUUCCGCAGCUUGAGUCCCGUGGGCAGGUCCGGAACCCCGGGUGCCCGUGGGACCCCGGAUGUGGGGUAUGGCGGGGGUGGUGGCGGCACGCUUACCGAGCAAGAAAGGAUGGCCUGGAGGUGCGACCAUUGCGGGAUCCAGGGGACCAGCGCUUGGGCUGUGCGAGAUGGGCCAAACAGGCCGAGGUCACUAUGCAAUAACUGCGGUUUCAUCUGGGAGCGAUACCGUGUGCUGCCGUCACAGGCCAAGAAUCUUCACACGGCCAUUGUGCGCGCAGGGUAG